CGUUUGUCAAUAAAUGCUCCCCUUCACACCCAAAACUUUAAGGGACGGGUCUAGAAGUUCAGUUACACGUCUGCACCGUUGAAUCUACACCCUGCUCAGGACAAUGCCACGCCGCAAAAGUCUAUUUGUGCCAUUUAUCUCCAGAGACGCAGACACUGGUGCGGAUUUGAAAGUGCAAGCGCGUCGUAUAGACGGUCCACAUGGAGCUCUUGUGCAGACCAGUUGGAUAGAAGAGAGGGCAGAGCGCAGGGGAAAGUGUGACCCGUGCGCUAUUGUGGAGCUCAGAUUACCAGGGCUCAGAUACAUUGAGCAGGACCGGAGCACCAUCGAUAGAGCGCAAAGGCGUCGGCGUAUGGCUGCAAACUCCCGCGAGAGGAGGAGGAUGCUCGGGCUCAAUGUCGCAUUCGACCGCCUCAGGAGCGUCAUCCCCAACCUGGAGAGCGACAAGAAGCUGUCCAAGUCAGAGACUCUUCAGAUGGCGCAGAUAUACAUAUCGACGCUCAGCGAGUUGUUGCAGGACAGGCCCUGCGGCACGGAUUUCAGCACCACUGAACUUGAGAGCACCGAGCUAGAGCGCACGGCCCCAACUGGCAUGCCAACAGUGAACGAUACAGCAGAAGACUCAACUGUUGAGCUACCUGGGCCAGGUGCAUACGAUACCGCAUGUAGAGACAGUGGGAACGUGAUGCGUGCGCCCUGCGAAGACCAGAAGGCAGAGCUUAGAGGGUUUAUGAACCUGUGGGAGAGAACUAGUGGCACAAAAUAACUGGUUUUAUUUGUUUGUGCUUCGUAAUUGUUUAUUUUCUUUUCAUAAAAAAACAUGUUGAUUCGUGUUUGAUACCCUGUGUAGAUUAUCUGGCUCAAGUAAAAACGCAUUUUAACAAUUUGGCAUCUGACUUUUUCUCCCCCUCACAGUUCGGUCUACUUUUGCAAGUCUGAAAGUUAUAGGGGCAGUUUAUGCUGCAUAAAAGAGCAAUAUAUUAUUAAAAAACAUGACACAAAAGUAUCAGACACAGAUGUACUGAAAGUAGCAAUUUUUAUUCAAGUUAAAAUUAUAUACAAGUAACCAAAGACAUUCUUGAAAUUGGUACAAAGAGCAUGUUCCUGCAUUUGGCUUUUUACACCUUUUUAAAUCUGUCUUUCAAAUAACACAACUGAAAAUGCUGUAUAAAAUAAAUUGGAUUGGAUUCAGAAAAGUAGUCUACCAUUUCUAAAUUUCCAAUAGGCAAUAUUUACAAAAGUAUUUACAUUGUUCCAUCCAUUUCCAGAUUUGUGAAUAAAGCUCUUGUAAACUUCAGAAGUGUUAAUUAAGCUAAAAAAAACAAAACAAAAAAAACGACUGGUGUGGCUCCCGACUACAGCGUACAUCAGAUUGAAAUACAAGAGGCUUAACAGCUUAGAAAGUAUUGAUGAGGGUGUGUGCAUGGAGAUGGCUGAAGCUUUCAUGCCUGCAUGGCUGUGAGUGUGCGUGCGCGUCUUUAGAAGAGAAACAAAAACAUGUCGGAAAUAUACAAAGGGGAACGAACGCAACUUUAGGAAAUAAAAUGGGGAAACUUCAUCUCCCCAAUUCUGUACAUCUUAACCCCAAACAGCCCCACGACCGACUAACCUCCGCAUUCAAGCUGGGAUAAGAGGAUUUUACAGGAGAAAACAGCAUAUACCCAAUUAAUUAGCUGACAACGUCAUGCAGCCCAUAGCAGUCCCAAUCAAGCCUGAGUUGAACAAAACUGAGAACACUGGCUAUUAAACAGGUUGGUUAUAUAAUGGGCAUCACAUUAUGAAACUCAGAACUGAGUAAGUAUGGAUACAGCAACCGUUAAACCGAGAGGCUCAGUUCAUGAACAACAGCGCUCUUAUCAAUUCAAGUGCUUAAAUUAAAAAGCAAAACAUAUAUACUGUAUCCUUUUAGUCCAGUUGAUUUUUUGGAGAAAAGCUUAAAAAGAAAUUGAAGCAUUGAAGAGAAGAAGAAGAAUAUAACUUAAUGCCAGACUGGCAUGUAUUUAUUCAGAAACAGAAAACCAACACUUGUGUGUUCUACAGCCUUUAACAGCUAGCUGAAGCACUGUGGUCAUGCAGACCCAAUAGUCUCUGCAGUACAAAUUAAAGACAAACAUCCAUACUUUCCUGUUGGCCAUAACCAAUAAUGAUAGGGGGGCUACAGAAAAAAUUAUGUAGUUCUCUCACGUUAGUGAAAACUACAGAUGAGGACCAUUUCAGGUUUGUCCUUGAAGAACUACAAUCUCCGAAAGUAUCGACUUGGACAGAGGUGAGGUGCUCACCAAACUAGCAAUUCUCUCAUCCUCGCCACUCCAUGUACUUCGAAACGGAAAGAAAAUCUAUUUGUUCAUUUCUAAAAACUUUUUACACUCUCCACUCAAAGACAGAGGUUUUUAGAACACACACACACACACACA